CUCCUCCUCAGUCCAGAUAUGGUCACUUCCUGUUCACUGGUUGCUAAAAAAACAAGAUGGCGACGGCCAAAAUAACCGUAAGAACUAAUUUCUUUCUGGUCAUCUAUGAUCCAUUACUUAGGUGUUUUGCUCUCUAUGGUUCUCUUCCAGAUUUCCAGGAGACGGUGAUGAACCCCUGUGAUCCUCUGCUGUCUGGUCAUGCGUUUGUCAAAGAGCAGCCGGAGUGUCACCCCCAGACCAACGGAGUCACACUCUCCAGACCCAGAGACUUCAUCUCUGCUUUAGCCAAAGAAAGAGACUGCAGAUCGAGUGACAACCUCCAGACUUCCAGAGAGAAUCCGCCCAGCUACAACCGUGGGUUCAACUCCUCUGACGCGUCAUCUACUUCUGCAGCGUCCGAACAUCACGUCACAACGCAAGCUGAAGAUCAGAGCCCAUUGACGUCAACCAUGAACUUGGAUUGUAGCGUCACAGAGUUCAGGGACUUCUGCUCCACGUCGUCCUCGGGGAGAGAAGAAGUCCUGAAUCAAAACGGGGAGAUUCAUUCAGAAGUUGUGGAGAGAGGGAAAAGAGAGAGGUGUGAGCUGAGUGAUGGACGCUCUGCUUCCUCAACAUCUGUGGACUUCAUCACCCGGCCGGUCGACUCUGAGCCGAGAAGUCUCUCAGCUCUCAUCGUACCACAGAGGGAAUCCUCCAAAGACAGAGAAGAGACCACCGGACCUACUCUCCACAGAGAUGUGUUCACCGUAGACGGAGAGCUGGUGCCUGACCCGGUACCCAUGGUGGAUCAGACCCAGAGGGGACCACUUCACCUGGAGGAGGCGGGGCCAAAGCCAGAAGAAUCCUCAUCACAGACCAGGAUGCUUCUGCUCGGUUCGUCCGUGAUCUUUACGGAAGAGACGUCUUACUACGGAUCCUCGGGAGAACCGGGACGCCUUUCUGCUCACACAGUCACAGAAACCGCAGACUGUCUGCCGACGUUCACCAGCCGGAGGCCAGAGGACCUACCGGCUACUACGGGGAGACGGGCUCUGUCUAACACCUGUUCCAGGGAGCCAAACCACCAGGACUCACGAUCCCCCACCACCAGCCGCUCACCUUCCAGACCCUCCUUGGAGAACCUGGUGGAGAGACCGCCCCCAACCGAUGCCCCCCCUGGACAGAACUCGGACCUCACCACGGCCCACUCCUCAGCCUUCAGACCCAGCUUCAGGCACCGCUCCCCCUCCCCUGUUAGAGCCCUCCCUUCAUCCUCCUCCUCUUCUGUCCAAGCACCUCCCUGCUCCUCACCGUUCAGGGUUGUUCCAGCAUCUUCUCCCACCGCUCAAGACACCUCCCUGAGCAAUGUCUCCAGGGCUCUUCCCUGUUUCUCUCCCACUCCAUCUUCCUCUGGGAGAUCUUCCUCCAUGCAAGCAGCUCCACCUUCCUCACCUACGCCGUCAUCGUCUUCUUCUUCGCUGCGCUCCUCCCCCGUUGCUCCUUCCUCCUCUGUGUUCACCAGAUCCUUAGCCGCCUCCUGUAUUAGCCAGUCCAUCAGCCAGAGCAUGGCGAAAAAGAACAGUGCCCUGCAACAAGCCCCGCCCACAAACCAAAGCCCCGCCUCUGCAGCUUCCUUGCCGUCCUCUCAUCUGCGCCGGCGCUCCCCAUCACCUACACCUCCUCCGGGUCAGCAGGGCUCCAGCGCGCCCGCGUACGCCCAGCUAGGGUGCACCAAAGACGGGUACCAACAUCCCCGUGGUCCCCUGUCCUCUCUCUGGUCCUCUUGUCCUUCUCAGUCUCUCAUGCCGUCUCCUUCUCCUCCUCUUCCUCUUUCCCAAUGCUCCCCUUCCCCAUCCAUGACCCGUCGUCUACCUUCUUCUCCUUCCCCUCGUCCCUCUUUCCUCCACUCCAAAACUGACUCCAACGCAAACAACAACAACAAUAACGUUAGCUUAGCUGCUAUAAACCCGGUGAUUGGCAACAAGCCACUAGCUAACGGUAGCCCCAACGCCACGGUGACCCCACGAACUCCGGAUCCUCUCUGGUCCGGGUCACACAACCGCGUGGCUCGGCCUUUCUCCGCGUCUGAACCCAGCUCACGAGUUCAAUCCCCGUCGUCCCAACCCUCUCCGACCCCGGCCUCUUUUACCCGCCUUUGCUCCCCACCUCUCCAACAUAAUUACACCUCCCCCAUGGCGAACAAGCCCCCCCACCCUCGGAGUGCACGAGGCGCGAGUUCCCACAACCUGCUAGGCCUCACUUUGGAGCUGCCCAGGUCAGCGUUCGGGCAGUCCUCUUCGUGUCUCAGCCCUCGGAUCCUCUCCCCGCCUCCCAUUGGCGUGUCGGUGAACGUUUGGACCAAUAACGUGGCGGCGCCUCAACCUAGAAACCCCAAAUAUGCGUCCUCCUCCUCUACUCCCUUGCCUUCCUUUCCUUCCUCACUAGAAUUGCCGACACUGGAGAACGCUUCUUUCCCCGCUUCUUCUUUGUACCCUCCUGCACCCUCCCAAACCCUCCGGAGGUCUCACUCCUCCUCCAUCAUGGCCGACAGACCCCCCAGCCCCGCCAGGAGCAACCCCAGUGGAGCUCGCCGUUUUUGGGCCGACGGCAGCAGCAGGUCCCUCGGUUUCAGUGUCAGCGGCCGAGGCCUCUUCGACCGGCAUGAGUCCUGUCCGACCAGUCCGAGGAGCGGGUGGUCCUCGUACGGCGGCUCGCCGUCCUGCCUCAGCCCUCGAGCUGGGCUUCGAUCCCCGCUCUCGCCCGCCCAGCUCACACCCGGGACGGGCGCCGCCCUCGGUGGGCAGCACUUCACCAGCGUGCCCUGGCCGGAUGUCCGAGAGCUUUCAAACAAAUACAGGGAAAGCAAUGUCCUCAGUGCCGCUUUCUCCACCACCUCUUCCUCUCCUCCUCCCCCUCUCUCCUCUCUCCCCCACACCCUCCUAUCCUCUCCGGUGUCAUCGGACAGCCAGGCCGAGUGGGGGGACCCGGAGGUCCAGGAGGGGGAUUGUCGCAGCCAGCUAAUCUGCGCCUACGUUGCCCAACCCUCCUCCUCCUCGUGCAGGCUCCUGUCUGCCUCCCCUUCACCUGCCCCCUACCAGCACCACCACCGCUACCAAUCCUCAACGCCUCCUCCACCCUCAAUCCCUCCCCCCGAGCCCCCGAGCGCAUCCCCGCUACCCUUCGCCCUUUUGUCUCCGACCAAGAACCAGAAGACCAGUUAUGCCACCACGGUCAACCUCCAGAUCGCUGGAAGCGGCCGGAUAACCUCCUUCAGCACCGCCCAAGUUAGCCUGACCCAAACCCUGCAGGGUGGAGCCGGACCGGGGGGACCAGGGGGACCGGGACCAGGUCAGUCCACCAGGAGAAUUAGCAUCAAUGGACUUUCACACAUUCCUUCGACUCUUUCUCAGAACUGUAACAGGAUGUGAAAGAAAGACACGAGACCUUUUUUUCUUUUUCGUGGCAUUACGAGAGAAAAGAAAAAGGGAAUGAAAAAGUAAAACGGUAGAAGUCGUUGUGUAACUGCUGGUUUCAGUGGACCAGACAAACUUUAUGAGGUCACCAUGUUGAAAAUGAUCUUCCUCAAACAGCAAAGCAAGAGAGAAUAAGACCACAUCUGAGGGACGUAAUGAAUGUAGUCUACGUUAACAUGAACCAAAUAUUCUGGCUUUUGAUUUUAGUCUGAAAAAGACAAUAUUCCUGUUAAUCUAUUUACAUGGCUGAUGAAAAUUAAUAUUCCACUAAUAAUCCUUCAGCCGUUCAUAUUCAGAUUAACGAUCGAUGCUCUAACACGUCGUUUAUCUCGUCUAAACAUGUCAAUGUGAACAUCAGGAGCUAACAGAUGUUCUCUCAGCGUGUUCCAGAGGUGGAGGACAUGUUGGACCUCCUUCAGUCCUUCAAACAGCUUCUCUAAAAGAUAUUUGUUCAUAUCCAGAAACCUGUUGAUCUCCAAGUCCUUCAUGAUGUUUCUCCUUCUGUUCUUCUGGACAUCAUCUCUACUCCAGCUCUACUAACUGUUGGCUAGUUGUGUAUAUACGGCGUGCAUACAUAUAUAUAUAUAUAUAUAGACUACACAUAUAUGUGUAUAUGAGUAUAUAUAUAUAUAUAUGUAUAUGUGUAUAUAUAUAUAUGUAUAUAUGUCCAAAGAAUGAUCCCAGACCCUGAACAAUAUCAACACGUCACACAUGUUUUACUCUGAAAAAUAAGAACUAAUUCAGAAUAUAUAAACAGAAUAUGUUUUUUGCAUCAAAUCCAAAAUAUUGUCAUAUUGGGAAUAAUAGUGGAAUAUUAAUUUGUGCAUGUAAAGGUAGUCACGUAGGGUUCAAAUAUUAACGCUUCUGGAAAGCUGGUUAGAAUCAAACACACGACUUCUAUCUGCACACGGCUCCUAUUUCUCAGUCUGGGUUCAUGACCUUUCAAUACGAUUGUUUUGAAAGAUCCUAAUAUUGUAAAAAAAAGUAAAGUAAAGAAAUGAGUGAGUCAGAGCUGGAACCCUGAAUGUCAGCAGGAUGUGAUGAGUUCUGGGAGGACGAACUCUAAAUCGACUGUUACACCUGAGUUUAAUGAGCUGAAGAACGUCCUGUAAACACAGAAGGUCAGAGGUCGCUGCUGUUUGCAGUCACAGAUACUUAAUGUAUUGUUAUUAUUUCUGUUUUUCCAUUUUUCUUUUCAUAUUCUGUUGAACGUCGUGUCUUUCUGAGGCCAGUGUUUAAAGUUGGUUAUUAAUAAUCCUUUUAACCUUUGUAUUCUUCUUCUAUUGUGUUGUUUAUUUAUGAAGUUAUUCUCGUUCUCUUUGUUCUUAUUAUCUCUAAAGUGACGACGUGUAUCAGCUUUGUGUGAAGACGACGCGUCUGGUGAACUCUCUGUGACUUCAGACCAGAUGUUCUGUGUCGUUAACGUUUGUUCUCACGUUGAUUUCAACUCCUUCUUGUCGUCGGCGUCCUGCAGAAACUUCAGACUGUAGAGAAAGUGAAUCAGGUGGAAAACGCUGCGUCAGCGCGUCUUUAAUAUCAGGAUAACAGCUGAUGAGUCGUUCAUAACGUGACGUUUUAUUGGGUCGAUAAAAACAUUCUCAGAUUAUUUAAAAUUAUUUACAAAAACAACAAUUCUAAAAAAAAAGAUAAGAAAGCAGAAAAUAACCCUUAAAAUGAUUUACAUUUAAUUUUCACACAAAUUUAAUUCUCUGUUAUAAAAUACUUCCAGUGAUGGAAAAAUGAAAGGAACAUUUAAGUGGAGGGAAGUAUUUAAAAUAUGAACUUGUGAUGAAGAUGGAAAUUAUA